AUGCCAUCAUCGCGGCGCCCCCGCACCAUCGCAGAGCUGCAGCGGCUCGAGGAAGAGGCCUGGACCUCGCCAGCACAGCGGGCGCUGUACGCUACGCGACAUAUCCCUGGGUUCCCGUGGUACACAGUGCAGGAGGUAGCGUCGCCUGACAAGUCUGCAACUGCCAACGCGGCCGCCCUCUUCACCACCGGCGUUCGACGCCACGUCAUCCCGUAUGACUUUUCUUUUACUGUGUUCGUGAAGGGGCGGUGGGUCGGCCGGCGGCUGCUCGAGGUCUACGCGGAGGAGCUGCCGCAUCACACCCCUGCCUACUACGAAGCUUGCCUGCAACAAGGCCGUCUGUACUGCGUGCAGCGCGGCGCUCUCGGCCAGCACAACACGCAGCGCCGGCUGCUGAAGCGGUCGGCUGUCACGCCUGCGUCGGUGGGCACGACCGGAAGCUUCAGCGACAGUGCCCCAGGCCUGGCCUCGUCCUCGUACACUACCCCUACCACCACCACCACCGUGUCCGCUUCAGACCUCCCUCAGCGCCGCCACGCUGAUCGCCGAGCCGCAUCGCCUGCUCCUCUGCCCUCCCGAGGAGAGGAUGUGGUGCUGCAGCACGGCGACGUCGUGUACCACACGGUGCACCGCCACGAAGUGCCAGUGACGGUGGGGAUGUGUGGCGCCGAUGCCGUGCUGAUCACGGCCGUGUGCAUUGCACGUUACGGUCUCAUCUGCGUCAACAAGCCGACCGGGCUACCGACGCACGCAACGGGGAGGUACUACUACAACUCGCUUACCUCGCUUCUCGAGUACGUGCUGGCGCCGAAGCGGCUGGCGGCGUGGCUGCUCGUCGAAGACCCGCUCCUGCAGGCCCUCGUCUCCACCGAGCACCUCUCGCCAGCAGAGAAGGCGGAGCUGUACGCGUACUAUGCCCCACCUCCAGCUCCCGUACGACUUGCUGGAUCAGUGGGUCAGCCCUGCGAACAUCAACUCGACAGCUCGGGGUCUUCGCACUGCUACUGUGCAGCAACAACCGAAGCAUCCGCUGCCGGAGAUGCAGAUCUGGACGAAGUCGACCCGGACAAGGUGCCUCGACCGUGUCAUCGGCUGGACAAGGUUACCUCCGGGGUGCUGCUGUUGGCCGUACGCCAAGACGCAGCGAAACGGAUCGGAUCGGUGCUGAUGCGCAAGGCAAAAGAGGUGGAGGAAGCAGUGACGACGGAGCUGUUGCGCCGCAGGGUCGAGCCUUACGCUUCGCGUGACCGCGGCGUUGAGACGGCGGUCACCCCAGUCGCUGAGCACACGGCGAGCCCCGAUGGGAGUGAUGGGGAUGCCGGUGUGCCCGCCGGCCGCGCGCUCUCAUCCACCCCUGCCUCGCCACCGGCAUCUCUGCAGCGCAUCCUUGCCAGCACGUAUGAGCUGCAGAAGUACUACCUGGCGCGUGUGCGUGUUGAGUCGACACGAGUGCUGCCGGAAAGCGAGACAAGAUUCGAAGCCGAGACGCAGCGGCAGCGCACGCCCCAGCCACCGCCCUUAGCAUCCCCGUCUUUGCCCGCGGCAUUCCCUCCGCCCCUGCAUGUUUGGCGUGUGGUCGGUGAUGAGCCGUGCUUGAGGACGCACAACGCCUAUGUGUCGCACAUGCUGAGCUCCGCAAACGGUGUCUGCGACGUCGCGUCUUUGUGGGCUCGCCAGCCGAAGAAAUGCCGCUCAGCUCUACCGGGUGUGUUCCCUGAUGGUGUGCUGACGACAGUGCCGGUUCCUGCGCCUGGGACCCUUGCGUCCUCCGCUGCUGCCGCGGCGACGCUCUGUCAGCUCCUUUCCGCCUUGCCCACUGCCACGAACGCCGCACCCCAGGACGGUCUACCGCAAGCUGGAACGAACGUGGCGAGCGUCGCUGAAGAGGCGGUGGUGCUAUGCACCCCCUACACGGGCCGCCUGCAUCAGAUUCGUAGGCACCUGGGCUCACUUGGCUGCCCCAUCGUCGGCGACGUCGUUUACGCGCACACCAGUGGCAACUCGGACCCAUCAAGCACACCUUCAGCGCAAGUACAGCCGCAGCUGCCGAAGAAGAGGCCAGGGGGCACGGAGAGCGUCACCUGCGACCCCGAAACGUCGUCCACGAAAGACACGGCAGCGCGUGGCCUGGACGGCAGCGCUGAUUGCGCGGCCCGACUCUCACGCGAUGGCCGCGACUUCGUCUUCUUCGAUGCCGCACAGUUGCCAGCUGCCUAUCAUUGCUACUGCCAAGCAAUGAAGGCAACCGCCAACGAGGUCAACACUGCAUCUCGUGCUCACCAGGCUUCCCCGUCGCGUAGGACAGAGGAGCGUGCAGCGACAGUGGACGCCGACGGCGGGCUACCGACGAAGAAGGGUGUAAAGCGCAGUCGCACUGUGUGCAGCACAGACGGCGGAAGGGAAGCCGAAACGGCAGAGGACAUGGCGAACCGUGAGAAGAAGGGGGUCCCACUCGCCAGCACGAGUAGUGUUGCUGCAGCUGUGGGCGCCCGAACGGUGGGGAAGGGGCAAAGCAACGCAGCCGCCACUAGGUGGCAAGAUGAGCCGCUAUGCUACGAGUGCGCCGGACGUCUGCCGAUCGUGGCCGCAGGGGAGUGCGCGACGGGCACGUCGGCCAUCUGCCUGCAUGCCUGGGUUUACCAAGUUAGGGAGGCCCUGCUCCUCGCCACCGACGACGGCGCACCGUCGAAGGCGAGAUUGCCAGCAUCAACGCCAGAGGUUGCGGCGAUGCUUGCGACUACAAACCGGUCGUCACCUGCACCAUGCCCUUCCUCUUCCCCGGGGGAUGGGGAGAGCGGUGCAGGGGUGAACAGCCGCACCGCAGAGCGCUUGCCAUCUCACCACCAUUUGGUUGUAGAUGGCGACUUUGUUCGCUUUGAAGCACCGCCUCCGGCGUGGCUGCGGCGGUAG